AUGGCUAAGCUCUUGACCGUUGUCGGUGCUACAGGCACUCAAGGCCUUUCUCUUAUCAACGCUGCACUCGAAGACGGCAGCUAUAAGAUCAGAGGUCUGACUCGGAAUCCAAACAGCGAGAAAGCCGCUGCCUUGGCUAAGCGAGGUGUUGAACUCGUCAAGGCUGAUAUCAACGACGAGCAUUCGCUAAUCAAAGCAUUUGAGGGCUCGCAUGCGGUCUUCGCCAUAACCGAUUUCUUUGAGCCCUUCGUCGCCCACGGUCCCGAAAAGGCGAUUGAAAUAGAAGUUGCGCAGGGUAUCAACAUGGCCAAAGCCGCUUCCAAGACUGCCACCCUGGAACAUUACAUCUGGAGCACGCUCCCCAAUGGCAAGAAGCUGACAGACGGUAAAUACAUUGUCCCACACUUCGAAGGUAAGAACCGGAUCGACGACUACAUCAGAUCCGAUAAAGCCUUGCUCGCCAAGACCACAUUCUUUUGGAUCAGUUGGUACGGGAACAACUUUGCCUAUCCUAUAUUCACGCCGAACUUCUUGAAAACUGCCAAUGCGUACAUCCAACUAUCUCCCGCUCGGCCCGACACGCCCAUCAAAGCGAUUGGUGACCCGCACAAAAAUAUCGGGGUCUUCGCCCUGGCCAUUCUCAAACAGCCACAUCUCACCCUUCGUCCACAGGGGCGCUUCGUCCUAGCCCACAGUGAAGAAACCACGGCAGGGAAACUGCUAAGCGACUGGUCCGAAGUCACAGGCAAACCCUCCAAAUACGUGCAGACGUCUCUAGAGGACUUCAGUGCCGUCUGGCCUGGCUUCGGGAUGGAAAUGGGCAUCAUGAUGGCUAUGUGGAGCGAAGUAAGGGAUCGGAGCUGGAGCGGUGAAGAGGGCCUGUUAACGAGGGAGGAGCUGGGGAUCAAGGAGAGCGACUUAACUUCCGUGAAGGACGGUUAUAGUGUGAUGGAUUGGAAGGCUCUGUUGUAG